AUGGAGAAAUACGUUGCUCUUUCAGUCAAGCGGCACUGGGAUAUAUACCAAUUUGUUGAAAAAAUUGGUUCUGGAGGAUUCGGAUCAGUUUAUAAAGUUAAGAAUACGGUUGAUAGCAAGUUUUACGCAAUGAAAGUUUAGAAACUGAAGAAGCUAAUGACUAGAGUACCUAAUAAUUACAGUAAUGAGAUGGUGCGCAUCAUCCGUGAAGUCAACACAUUCUAGCUAUGUCAUCCAAACAUUACUUAAUUCCAUGAAUCCUACUUCACCAAUGAUGAUAAAUUCGUAAUUAUCACAGAGCUUGCAGAGUCAAAUCUAUGCACAUAUGCAGGAAACACAACUCUAACCAAUGAUCAGAUUGCUGAUAUAAUGAUCCAGAUUGUUAAAGGUACAAUCUAUCUUCACAAACAAAAUGUCAUGCACAGAGAUUUAAGUCCUGAAAACAUUUUGGUUUUUGAAAAUGGCAAGAAGUUCAAAAUCUGCGACUUAGGAGUGGCACAGUUGGUAGAAACUUCUAAAACUAUUGUGGGGAAACUUACUCUCUUAGCUCCAGAAAUAAGUAAAAUUGGUGAUUUCAGCUACAACAAUUGA